UAGCGUCGCGCGCCUUACCCAUUGUUUACAAGUGCUUCGUUGGUUUGUUUGUUUGUUUUUUUUUUUCCCCUCCCUUUUCCUCCACAACAAGUCAAAUUUUUAGGGUAGACGUUUCGACGAGGAGAGGCAGCAUUAAAAGAGACUGUACACACUUGCGCGCAGGGGACCCGGAACGUGAGUCCCCUUUGGCUUUUUGGAUUAAUAUAUCUCGGCUGCUUCUGCGAAAACAACGUGUAUCAUAAAUACACAACACGCUGAUGCCGUGGCUGUUUACUACCUAAUUGUCGGUGAAAAAAAAGCAAACGCCAACACCCAAGAGGAGAGGGGCUGCCGAAAAAUGACGACACGGGUGGAGAGUAGAUGAGGGACGAUUCGUGGCCAGGAGGGGGCGGAGAUGGCGACGACCUCGACGAUGCCCUGGUACAGCAAUAACCAGAGCCGCGGCAGCAACGCGAGCACCGGUAACCACCACCAUAGACCGGAAACAACCACCUGCCCGCCCACCAACUUUCCCGAGAACUUCAAGGAAUUCUUCAUGGCCCUCAGCGAGGAUCCCGACGACCAACCCAGCAUGCUCGAGGACAAACUCAUACCCAGAAAGGACGGCGACUCGGGGUACGGGGUGAUUGUGAGCAGCAGCAGUAGCAGCAGCAGCAACAGCAGCCACGGCAAAAGUCACUGCCCCACCACCAGCACCACCAAUCACAACAACAGCAGCAGCUUGAGCAACUUGGCCAAGCAACGCUGGCAAAAGCGGGCCUUCCAGCGGCGCAGCAGCGAGAUCGAGGUCCGGUUGAACGGCACGUCCCACGGCCACGGCUGCGAGGCCAAAUCCUCGCCCACGCCCUCGAGGAGGCGCAGCUCCAGCAUCGCCGUCGCCCGACCCACUCCGGACCUCCACAGGUUCCUGCAGGCGGAGGCCGGCCCGUGGGGCCACUUGUCGCCCUCGGCGCGCAGCCCGACCCGCACGCCUACCCUCAGCCCGGCCAUGCCGACCACGCCGCAUCUGAGCCCCGGUGGGACCCCCAGCCCGACCAGUCCCGCGGCGCCCGCGUCGAGACUGCCGCCCCAGCCGAAGCACCGGGGCAGGACGAGCAGCAUGCCCGCCGUGCCCAGGCACAGGCCAAUGCUGGCGGAUACGAGGCGCGGAGCCGUGGGCGGCAACAACGGGAUCGCGGGUAACGGCGACGACGAGACGGAGGACGGGGUCGAGUACUACAGGGUGCGCUCCUUCUCGAUAACCGCCAACGGGGUCUUCAACCUCGGCGACGCCCUCAAGAGCCGGCGCAGCCGCAGCAUCAACAGCGUCACCUCGUCUAACACCAGCUGCAGCAGCGUCCGCGACAUCAAGGACCCCAGGCUGCUCAACUCGGCGUCCCAACUCUCCGAAAUGGAAAACGGCGAGCCAAACGAGCCCUCGGCCGCGUACAAGGUCGGCAUGCUCGGCGCUUCCGGGGUCGGCAAGACGGCCCUCACCGCCCAAUUCUGCACCAGCGAGUACAUCUGCGCUUACGACGCCUCCCUCGAGGUGAGGAUUACCCACUUUUUGCCCGCACAGACCGAGGCGUUCUGCUCGACGUACAACCCGGACGUGUUCGUGAUCGUGUACUCGGUGGUGGACAGGAGCAGCUUCAAACACGCGGAGCAGACCCUCAUGUACCUUUGGAACAAUAACUACAUGGCCAGCCGUGGGGUCAUACUCGUCGGCAACAUGGCCGAUCUCGAGCGCAAACGAGAAGUCUCUACCAUAACCGGUCGGCGCUUGGCGACGACCUUCAACUGCAAAUUCAUCGAGACGUCGUCGGGGAUAGCGCACCACGUGGACGAGCUCCUCGUCGGGAUAAUAGCCCAGAUAAAGUUGAACCCGCAGCGCAACAAGGACCAGUCGAGCCGCCGUCGGCGCCACAAGCAUAGCCACAAGAAGAUCCUCAAGAGCAUACUCGGUGGCUUCCACAGGAAGACCAAGAGCUGCGAAAAUCUCUUCACCAUAUGAGCGAGAGCACCGACAACGCCCACGGUACGCGCAUAUGUUUUUUUUUUUUUUUUCUUUUUUUUCUCCUUCCCUCGUCGCACUUUGUCGCUCUACUUCUGCUGCAUCUUCUGCGGAACAGAGGCAACAUUUUCAACCUUAUUUUUUUAUCGUUACGAAAAGGGUGUUUUAAACACCGAUACGUGUGUGAAAUUAAUUACAUUCAGUACGCUAUUUUAGAUGGAUAAUUGACUAUAUGAUAAUUACGAAACAUUUUCAUCAUUAUUAACAUAAUAUAUGAUUAACCUUUAAGGUUUAUUAUUAUUAAUCACAUGUAUGUCGGUGAUUGAGUGCAUGGGAAUUCGUUUUACUUGUCGGUAAAAUGGAUAUUUUUAUAAAGUAGUUUUUAAUAAGCAUACCCACACAUAUGUAUAUAUAAGGUACCUAAUGCAUAUUAUAAUAUAACUUUUGGGAGUAGACGAAGAAUGAACGGUUUUUUAAUACAUUCACUUGGUUUUUAGUUUGCGGGGAAAAACUGUUUAUUGGGAAUACCCAUGGGAUUAAUACGAUGUAUCAUUAGAAAAUAAUGCUUCUAUUUGUGUAGUAUUUCAUCAUUUUCUAACGAGCUAAUAGAAUACGGUUGUUUUCUGUCACCAGAAAAAAAGUAUAAUCGCACACAUUGAAAGUUAUAGAUGCUGGACGAUAUUUUGACAGUCAUUUUUAUAUUUUAUAGUGUUAGAAAGACUUUUUGUUGUGGUCGAAACUCAAUUUUUUUCACUAUUUAGAUAAAUUAUUUUUUCGUUAUUUAUCUAAAAUUUCUACAAUUUCUCAGAGAAAGGGUGUUCGUAGAAAAAGUAGUAUUUCAACAAGAUCUACAAUUUUUUCUAAAAAAACAAAAAAAAACAAAAAAAAAAAAAAAAAAACUUGUGUAAGACAUCAAUUUGCAGCGUAACCCUCACCACUUACAAACAGAUACAGCAUUUUUUUGCCACCAAUAUUAAACAAUGUGUGAUUGCACUUUUUACUCUGGUAUAAGCCUAUAAGAUGCUUCUGUGUACUGGAUUGAAUUUUUUGUCAUCUAUUUUCUAACGGGGUGACUCAACUGUUUUCAUAGGCUUUGUGAUGGUGCAGGACCAAAAAUCGACUUCUAUGUAAAUGAAAUUAAAAAAAAAAAAGUUCUUGAGGAAACUUUACACCUAUCGUGCGUUUAUUUGCUUCAUUUUCAGCUUCCAGAGUGCGAGAGUAAAAUUUGUUUUGUGGCGAUUCAUCACAUCGUUUUAUGUAUGUGGCGAAAAAAAGAAAAAAAAUUGCCAAGUAACGUGAUGGAAUAUGCAAAAGAUUCAGACAAGGGAACCUGAAGAACUACGAAUAUCUUUCGAGUUUAGCAAUACAUCGAAGUAAAGGUCUAAUUUAAGAGCUCCGGUGUGCACUUUAAGGUGCCCUAGAAAAAAUUAAAAGUAUAUAAAUUAGUCUUAUGUCUAGGUUAAAAAAAAGUUGAAGAAAAGUAAAGAAAGGAACCGUAUGUAUAUUUGUGAGCUUUUUUGUUCAGCGCUACAGAUAAAAUUUGCUCGACAAGGUCUUUUAACUAAGUAAAAAAUUAUACUUUCUACGAAAAUGGUAAUGUAUCAUACUUAUAUAGUAUCAACUUGUAUUUAAUAAGCGAUGAAUAAAUAUAGUCCGUCUCCCAAGUCGCACGUUUUCAGCUAUCAGCGAGUGUAAAAAAAAAAUAUAUUUAUAAAUAUGAACAGUUGUACCACUAAAUCGCGCUAGUUGUAGUGUUGACAAGAGUAUAUCUGAAUAAAAACAUUUUGUAAUAAUUAAAAAGAUUUUUUCAUCCAAAUAAACGAGUAAAUAAACAUAUGAAUACGAA